AUGAGAGUCCCCUACGUCCCCAACCCUCCCCCAACCUCCUCCGCCGAAGAGGAAUCCAUAGUUGCGGCGAUUGCGGCCCGCCGUCAUCCCCGCCCAAUCCAGCCACUCGACUUAGCAUUGCUCCACUCCCCUCAUGUUGCGGCUGGUUGGAACUCCUUUGUGGGAGCCGUUCGCACCAAGACCUCGCUCGCCGACGACUUGAGGGAGCUUGCCAUCUGUCGCAUCGCCGUUGUGAACAAAGCCUGGUACGAAUGGAUGCACCAUGCGCCACUGGCUGUAAACAGCGGUGUCAGGUCUGAGACCAUGAACGAGAUUUUAACACAGGAGGCUCUACCCAAGAGCGCACAGCCAGAUGGUUUUACUGAAAAACAGUGGGCAGUCUGUGUUGUAGCGGAUGAAAUGACGAGAAAUGUCCAGGUCAAAGAUGAGACUUUUGAUUGGCUCAAGAGCCUUGCUGGCCACCAAGAAGUAGUAGAAGUUGUUGCGACGGUUGCAUGUUACAACUGUGUGAGCCGCUUUCUUGUAGCUCUAGACGUGGGAGAGAGAAACGGCACUAAUCCGACACCUUUGCCGAAGUAG